AUGCGCUUAUCAUUCAAAAAGGUGGUAAAAUAUACCAUCUUUUUAAUUAUGGUAAUGUUUUUAAAUAUUUGGAUUAGUUACACAGUCAACAUUUGGAGUUUUAACAACUUUCAAGACCGUGAGAAAAGUUCAGAAGUUAGCGAAAUCAGUUAUGGCGGUGCGGUACCUCGUCCACCCGAGGAUGACCCUACUAAAGACGGCGAGGGCUUUAACAUAGAUCUGAAUCUUCAUUUUUCUCGUAAACAAAGAAGUGCCAAAGAAAUAUCACCAAAUAAUGAACUUGCAUAUUACAGCAAAGAUAAACUGUCUGGAACGCAUAUGGACAGAAAGAACAAUAGCAACUUGUUGCACAAAUUAAAUCCCCUUACAGACAAACACCGUGGCCGUGGGAAAAAGAAAGCCUUUGUUGUCUCCGAACCAGAGAUUGAGAAAACUGAUGAAACUGGAGUGCGUGAAACAGAAUUAAGUGAUAUUUUUAUCAGUGUCAAGACUACCUCCAAAUAUCACCAAUCAAGAGUUUCAAUUCUCCUGAAAACAUGGUAUCGUCUAGCAAAAGAACAGAUUUAUUUUUUCACUGAUGCAAAUGAUCAAGAAUUUAAAGAUGUCUUGGGUGAUCACCUCGUCAACACUAAUUGUUCAGCUGACCACAGAAGACAUUCUCUGAGUUGUAAAAUGGCAGUAGAGUUUGACUAUUACAUGGCUUCAAGAAAGAGGUGGUUUUGUCAUGUUGAUGAUGAUGUCUACCUCAAUGUUCCUCGACUGUUAGAAGUGUUGAGAGGAUACAGUCAUAAAGAAGAUUGGUACCUAGGGAAGCCCAGCCUAAAGUACCCUCUUGAAGUUGUGGACAGAGAGAAUGCUGGAAUGAAAUUGACAUUUUGGUUUGCCACUGGGGGUGCUGGAUUCUGUAUUAGUCGCUCUUUGGCAUUGAAAAUGGGACCAUAUGCAGGCGGAGGUCGCUUUGUCACAACUGCUGAGAAAGUGCGUUUACCAGAUGAUUGUACUGUAGGAUACAUUAUUGAGUAUCUCUUGAAAAACAGAUUGACUGUUAUUGAAGAGUUUCACUCUCACUUAGAAACUUUGUGGCUGAUCAGACCACACCAAUUAAAGAAACAGAUAACUGUCAGCUACUCAGAGUAUUCAAGUAAACCAAAUGUUAUAAAUGUUCAAGGUUUUAACAGCACACAAGAUCCAACAAGGUUCUUGUCUCUACACUGUUUUUUAUUUCCCAAUUUUAGUGAGUGUAGAGUACUUCUCUAACAAGAAAACAUUAGUAGAUAUUAUGCUGAAUUACAUACUCCAUAUGAUGUACUGAGCAUUAUGGAUUGACCACUUUGGUUUUUAAAGAAGAAUUUUUUUAAAGCAAAUCGCUGCAUCUAAUCUCCAGUCAUUUAUUUUAUUGACUGAAUGCUGUGUGUUGCCUGAAUUUUAGAACAAAACAUUUUUUUUUUCAUUAUACUUAAUUGAAGGAGAUUGCUCAAAUGAAUUUGAAGUUAUUUUGUAUCACUGGCAAUCGAAACUGUUGAGCUAAUAAUCCUUACUGUGAUAUUACAUUGUGACUUAUAACCUGUAUUAGUGUCUUCUCUACUUUUGUUCAUGGGCACAAAAAUCUGCCUCAAUGGUGCCUUUUUUCUUUUUUUUUUUUAAAUAUUGAACAAUGCAAGAAUCAUUUGGUUCUAUGAACAAGAGUUGCUCCAUGUCUUCCAAUACAAUUCUUUAUAAAACAUGUUUAUAUAGAAUCAAAAUAUUUUGAAUAUUAGUGCUGUUAUGUUUUAAUGGGGAAAUAGCAACAGGGUUAGCUCAGAAUAAAAUGUAAUAAGCUCAUUCCACUUAAAAACAUUCUUUUUUUUUAUGCUGUUUGUUUGAAUUUUUUUCAAGGGACCAAAGUUGCCUUUGUACUUUUUAAAUUUUCAUUACAAUGUUUAUAUCUUUUUUUUUAAGGGACCAAAGUUGCCUUUCUACUUUCUGUUUUUUGUCUUCAUUCUCAUGUUGUUUACUCAAUGUCUGUAUCUGCAUUCCUUCAAUGUUCAAAUUGGUUGGUUAUUCUGCAAUGCAUUAUUGAUUAAUGUUUUACAUAUGCAGCUCAAGUUUCAUUUUUUAGAGUUAUAAAGUAUAUAAAAUAUGAGCCUCCUGCUAUUAGAUGAUGAUGAUUAUAGUAUAUACAUACCUCCAUUAUGGUCAGUAUCUUUGAUAAAGUAAAGAAAAGACUUUACAAUUUUACAGUUUAAUUUUCUGGUAUUCAAAACUCAUUUUUAAAAAGGAUGACUAUACUAUAUUAGCAAAAAGAAUGGGUCUGUUUCCAGCUUAAGUUAUUUCAUAUUGUUUUUACACUAGUAUGAAGUUGCAUCUUAUAGAAAAUGAAAACUAUUAUAGGAAUUUUUUUUUACUAUUUACACACCAGUCUGGGUAAAAAAAAGUUUUCUUCAGAGAUUGCAUUAGUAUUUUUUUUCCAUUUAUGCUGUCACCUUCAUUAUUGUCACUAUAUACUUGAAUGAAACAGUUUCUGCUGUAUAAACAUGUUUUUUCUUUUCAUAGUUUAUGACAGUGAUGCCCAACAUAGGGCGCAUGAUGCAUGCGCAGAGUGUCAAAAGGGGGCAUAUUUUUAAACGAAUUUAUUCUUACAUUGAGCAUCUUUCAAUCAAAAUUUUUUGUUGGUUGGAUUUCAUUAGGAAUGGCAUAGGCUAAUAAUAAUUUUAAUUUUCUUGCUUUAAUAAAGUAAACAUUAAUAUUUCUGGUGAAAUUUGUUGGAGAGUAUUUAUCCUCUUGAUGAAAAUAUUUACCAAAAAGACAAGAAAAUUUAUCAAUUGUCUUUGAAUGAUUAAGGUCUACAUACUUUUUUUUGUAUGAUGCAUAUACAUUGACAGUUUCUAUCUUUAGGUUACUGUCUUUCUUUGUAUACUUUUGUGAAGACUAAUAAGCUGCUAUAAUGAAACAUCUAUAAAAAAAACAAUGAAAUUUAUUAAUCUAUAUUGGAACAGUUCAUUUUUACCUCUUCAGUGUGGUUCAUAGCAUAUAUCAUGAGUCUUACUUUCCCAUGACAUAUGUCAUUUUUUGAAGAUUAUGAAUUUUAAUGCGAUUGAGCACCUUGACUCAAAGUUCUGGGUAAUUAAGAGUUGUGACAUGGUAUUUUAUUAUCAACAGGCCAAUGCAUUUGUUUGUGUUUGCAAAUUUUUUACCAUUGUUUACUUUUUAGUUAGUUUGUAUCUUAGAAUUUAAAAAAUAUAUUGCUUUACAAUUCAAUUCAUAGAUAAUGUUAAUGUUACCAACUUGUUUAAAAGCUCAGUAUGUUUCACCUUCAUCCCUUAUAAUCUUUCAUUUUAGUGACAGACAUGACUUGUUGGUUUAUUUCAUCAACAUUUGUUUUUGUUUCCCUAGUGAACGAAUAAUUUGCUGUACAGUUUGUGUGCGUGUGUGUGUGGUUGAUUGGUUUAUAGGAAAGUGUUUUUUUUAUGUUUAUUAUUUGUAAAAUGGAAGUAAUCUUCCAUCUAUUAUUGCUACAAUCAUUGUGUAAAUAGUUUUGUUUAACAUUUAGUUUUCAAUUUUCUACUUAUCUGAGACCAUUGAAUUUUAAUAUUUACAUCUGUCUCUUGUGAGCUAUAUUAAAACCUUGGUAUUGGCUCAUAACUAAACUCUAAUCAUUAAGAAAUAAUGAAUUUGUGUAUUCAAUUUAUACCUAUGUUAUUUUUCUUUACUGUUCUUGUUAUCAAUAUUGAGUGUUUAAGCAGUCCUAUAUCUGAUGUGAACUGUGCAAUGGUUUCCAGAUCAAGCAGCUGGGGCCAGUCUCUCAAUCAGGCCUCUUGAUGUGGCGCACCCUACCUCUUACUCUGCUUACCUUCAUAGCAGGUACCUUUUUCUCUGCUUACCUUCUCAAUCAGAAUCUAACAGAAGCUUCAUUAACCUCCUACAUAAAUAAGAGUUACCUGUCAAGAUGUUGUGCACUAUUAAUAGUAAAAAGCAAAGGAGAGCAUAUUGCAAAGUGAGGACAUUUUCUAUUGUUUUUUUCGUGCAAACGUUUUUGUUAUUUUCUUAAAGAAAAUGUUAUCAUUUAAUAAGCUGUGUUUCACAAUAUGCACUUGAAGUGCAAUGCUUCUAAAAGAAAUACAAUUUAGAGGGAAAGAGUUUCUCUCUUGAGGCCUUGCAUUAGAGAUUGGCCCUUUAGAAAAUGAUGUAUUAAAUAAUCAUUCAAUAACAUCAGAUAAGCCCGGUUGACAUUGAACCAUAUUUUCUUUAUCAUACAUUCAUUGAAUACAUACAUAUAAAUGAACUCUUUAGUAAUAAUAAGAUUUAUAUACUCUCAUAUGACCGUUUUAUAUGGUAUCAUAGCAAUCAGCCUAACAAUAUAUAGGAAUAUAGGCAAGACUUACGAUAUUUACUUGUGUCCCCUUUUGUAAUGUCUGAGAUAGGGUUGUGAUUGUUGAUAGUUUUUGGUUCAUAGUUUCUGAUAUUCUUGCUGAAAAUAUUGAAAGCUGCCUAAUUUACCUGCCUGAGUGGACCACUUCCACACAAACUAUCUUUGUAACCUUGUUGUUAAAAUAUAAUUUUUUAGCUAUUUGAAAAGAACAAAGUGUCUUUUGAAGUAUGUGUCCAAGUAUUUCAGGUAUUAUAUAUUUGUAUGUUUUCUAAUGAAACAUUGUUUCCAAUGAAGUAUUCUCCAAAUGGUUGUGUUAACUUACCAUGCUUGCAUUUAGACUUUAGUCUUAAAAACAUUCUUUUUAAUGUCUAUUAACAGUCUCCCUGUAUACAGAGUACACUUUUAUUUUUUGUAUUGAUUUCCUCAAAGUAAACUUUGUAGAGAAAAUUGCUGCUAUUGUAUCUGAGCAUCUUUCAAAGAUUUUUUUUAGCAGUAUCAAAACUAGUGAGCUUUGAGGUUUUUGGGGCCAGUGAUGUUGUGAUUUUGUCUCUUUCUAUUUGGGUAUUAAAAAUGUGUCUUCUUA